CUCACACCGCGAUGGCAUUAUCAAUUGUUAUCUUGAAGCGUACUUCUACAUACUCUUUUACACCUCAAACUUCAUCUCAAGUAAUACUUGUACUCUCAUCGGAAAGAGAGGAGUGAAAAGAGUUUGCUUUAUUUCUCAGCUUCAGGAUUACUUACUCAGUUACAACUAACAGUAAUACUCAGGUAUAAUAUCAACUACCUGUAAUCCUAUUUUCAAAUCUGAAACUUUCCUCUUUAAAUCUGUCUGUUUUCCACCUAUGCAAGAUCUCUACAGUUCGUGAAACUUAGGUAACUACCAUAAAUUGUUCUACUAUCUGCAUAUCAUCUUGCAUUUACGCCUUCCGAGUAUAAUGGCUGAAACAUCAAACCAUCACCAAUCUAUUGGAGAACCCGAAGACCCACCCGAAUUAUCCUCACGAGAAAGAGAUCAAUGGGAAUCUACUGAACUUUCGGAAUUGGAACACAUCAGGCAGAAUUAUACACAUGCCUCAUCUACUCAUGCAUUGGGUCCUGGUAGUACAGCACCCAAUGGAUGUUUUGGUCAAUUGGUCUUUAAUGUCUCGAAGUUUUGGAGACACCAAAUCAGUGUGACCGUUGACCAUGUUGCAUGUAGAGAUCAUCUCGCUCUCGAACGCACUUUCUUAGCAUAUCUCAGAACCUCACUAGCCUUGUCAAUGCUAGGCGUAUCAGUUGCACAACUAUUCCGAUUACAGCAUUCCCCCACACCAAAUCCAUUGAUAGGGUUCUUCGUACUUGGGAAACCUCUGGCUUGUAUAUGUCAAGGUGCUGCAAUAAUAACAUUAUUGAUAGGAAGUAUCAGAAGUUGGAGACAACAGAAUGCUAUUGUGAGAGGUAAAGCUCUUUCAGGAGGAUUUGAAAUCAUUAUCAUCGGAGUUGGAUUCUUCUUUAUUUUCCUAGCGUUCCUUGUGCUCUUGAUUGCUGUGGACAUCAUAAAGGAACAUUUGAAGUCUGAUUAAGUGGCAAUGUUCAUUAGCUGACCUCUGGACCAUCGAAAUGUGAUGGAUAAAUGACCUCUCCUUCGGACUCUCCGGACUAAUAUUUCCUUGGAGCAAAUCAUUAUAAGUCUGCCCAUCUGACUUCGCUGUAUCGGGGGAAUCGGGGAGGUAUAUAUUAACAGCCAAGAACAUCCCGCUAUUGCACGUGCUUGAAGUAUAUGGGGAGGAGAGAAGCAUGGCUGAUUUUGCUCUUAGGCACUAAGUGCCGAACAACGGGGGCUAGAUGAGCAUAAAGUUGAUGCUAUGCUAUUGCACAUGGGAAACUGUUCAUGGGAAAUUAUUGAUGGAUAAUUUCAAUCUGCAUAUGUAGCCAAAUAGCACGAGCUGCGGAACAUUUGUAAUAUGCCCGGAGGUUGUGAUGGGAAUACCUGCAUCCGGAUGAGCAGUGUUUUCGGCACGGCGUUCCUUUUCUAAAGUUGUUUAUGCAAGGGAAGAAGUAGCGAACCACAAUACCGAAUAGAAACCUGACAGCUCUCACGGCA